AUGUACGGCCUCAAGCAGCUGUAUCUUUUGAGCUUCAUGCUCUUGGCUGUCUCCGGGAGCAAGGAUGACAAGAGAACCACUGUCGGCAUUGAGACAGAACAAAAGAGCCGAGCACUGAAUGUAGUGCUGGAUGAGUGUACUGAUGUGGGGGAGGAUGAGGUCUUCACAGUAUCCGUCCACAAGAGAUGUCGCGUCUUCACUGGGCCAGAUUGCACCGGCCGAAACAUGUUGCUCACCCCGGGAGACCAUACGUCCAAGGAUCCCGUCCCUAUUGAGGCCAUUUACUGCCACUCGUCGUGA